AAUAAAUUAAAAACGACGCUGACAAUAUAACUGUAAAUUUUAAAAUCCUUUAUGGUCAAAUUUGUUUGGCUUCGAAUAUUCACAACUAUUUUGUCGAUACACACUUGUCGAAUUUUUAAAUACCAAACCACGUGCUCGCAAGAUGGGUUAAAUGCCCGGCUCGCCAGUUCCGAAUCCCCAGAAUUCAUCGAAAAUUUUACCGCUGUUGCACGCACGUUUUUCUCAUAUGCAACUGAGGUUAUGUUUCAGUAUCGUGCGUGCAACCAACGUGAGUGAUAAUUCUUCUUGAAGUUCAGAGCAGAAUUAUAAAUCAGUGCCGGAUUGACUUUGUUAAUAUAAUUUUUACUAUUGUCAAUUGUCAAUUGACAACGCGAGUAUCAUUAAUAAUGGAGGGACAGCACGUAGAUACACCCAGACCGAAUCUGAAAAGAAAAAAGAAGCGAUCGUCGAUGCAAAUGGCUAAAAAAGCAGCCAGACGUCGUUUCCACGAUGGAGAGCUUGAUUCAGAGAGCUACCAAUACAUGCUCAAUGUUUUGCAAAUGAUUCGCUCGGAUUUUCCAACUAUGGAAGAUAAAGAAACAUUUGUGGAAAAUGUUUUCGAACAAACCAGAGGGAAAGAAAUGGAUUAUGCAAAAAAUCAGGUUGGAUCAAGAGUUUUAGAUGUGUUGAUACAACAUGCUAAUUUUGAUACAAUUAUAAGAUUGGCAGACAGUUUCUAUGACUCACUUCGACCUUUAUGCAGCGAUCCGUUUGCCUCACAUGUGAUUCAAAAACUAAUAACCACUUGCGCGCACAAAGGAAAUUAUGUUAAAACCGAUGAAAAAGAUACAACAGAAAUCAAGCAUUCUGAAGUAGAAAAGUACAAUGAAACAGCUUUGAAGCUUUGUAGAUAUGCUAUUAAUAAUAUUGAAGAAUUCGUUUGGGAUACUUAUGCAAAUCAUAUUUUAAGAACAGCUAUAGAGUGCCUUGGAGGCAUCAUUGACUUAAGUUCAGCUAAUAAUAUGGUAAAAAAGAAACCAGAUCUAGAAAAAAGGAGAACUGUGAAUGAGGAUUAUAAGAAAUUAUUAAUGUUAGCCUGCAAUAAUUUACUCAGAUUUCCACAAUUAGCUCAAUUCAAUCAUGAUCAGUUGACCGCUGGUUUUAUGCAGUCAGUUUUGUAUACUUUAAAAGAUGUUGAUUCUGAUUUAAAUAGUAAUUUAAUGAACAGAGUAUUUAAUGAGUGUUUUACAUUGAGUAAUGAAGAAACUUUGUCCAAUAUAUUUGACAAAGAGUGUUCUUUCAGGGUCCUGGAGGCCAUCCUUGCUGUUUCAAAUCCUAAAGAUCACGAAAAGAUCUAUAAAAAUUACUUUGAGAAUCAUUUGGGAGUGUUGUCCGUAAAGCAGGGCGCAAACUUUAGUGUACAAAGACUAAUUGAAUAUUGUACUAGCAAAGAAAUUUUUGAGAAAAUUUUUGAUGAAAUUGUUGAACACUUUAAUAGUAUCUUGUCAAAAAGUUACACCGGUGUUUUUGCAGCUUUAGCUAAAGGCUGUUGGAAAUUACAAGCUAAACAGGGUCCUUUCAUCAAUGCUCUGAUGAAAUUAUUGGAUUGCGAUCAACCAAAAGAAAGAGAAAACUUCAUCGUUCCGCUACUUAUGAGGUUCAGUAAAUUUGAAAAAUACUCUUCUCUCAGUGACGACGCCAAAUCUAAGCUACCCAUGAACUUGCAUGGCAGUCUGUGCAUACAGUGUAUGUUAGAAUUCAACAAACCAAUCAAAAUUGUUAACUCUCUGCUGGCCAUGGAUAGCACAGAGUUGUGCCGUAUUCUCGAACAUCCAAAAGGUAGCAGAAUUAUGGAUUCUUUCAUGGACAGUCAAUUUAUCGGAGCAAAAAGUCGGGAACAACUCGCUAAACAUUUGAGAGGGACCUGGGCUCAAUUAGCUCGCAGUACUCAUGGAUCCAGGUGUUUAGAAAAAGUGUGGGCCAGUGCGAAGCCUCCACAGAAACUCAUCAUGAUGACAGAAUUGGCGGAAGUUGGAGAACUGUUAAGAUCGACUCCAGUGGGAAAAAUAAUAUCGCACAAAUUGAAUGUACCUCUCUUUGCCAGAAACAAAAAGGAAUGGGAAGAAUUUGCAGGCAAAGAGGAAAAAACAAAAACCCUCUUCGCUGAUAUCAUUCAAAGGAUUAAAGAAGAUUAAGAACAAAAUAGAUCUAUUAUACGUAAUUUAAAUUUGAAAAUGUUGAAACUUCUGUUAAGUAACUGUACAAAAUAGCAUAUCAAUGUAUGAUUUAAUUCCAUUGUCAAUUUAUACUUGUAAAUUUUAAAAUGCGUUUGUUAUGAAUGAAAACUUGU